UUCGUGAGAAAAAAAUUAAAAUUUAUAGAAAAUCUAGAUUUGCAGGCCAAGAUGAAAGUAAUGAUAAUAGUCAUGAUGAUAGUCAAAUUCAUGAAGUUGAUAGAGCUGAUAGUUUGGAAGAUUCUGCUAGUGAUGAACGUAUUAGUGAAAAUAAUCAGAAUAAAAAUAAUAAAAAAAGAAAAAAACUAAAAAAAACUAAGAAAACAGUUGGUAGACCUGAAGACCCUGUAAAUAAUGAAUAUAUUAAACUUAGUACACGAGAUAAAUAUGGACAUGUAGCAAUGAAGUAUAGAUACUGUGAAAAUGUUACACCAAGAGGACAGCCUAGUGACAUGAAAUCACAUUUAAUAUUAGAAU